GGGGUUCAAAUCAGCAGGAAUAUCAGCUUAGUCUUGAGGAAACCGUGAACACGACAGGAGGUCUGGGAUUAAUGUUUCAUAUUGACACUGAGCUUCUCAUUCAUCCAUCAUUCGAACCCUUGGACGAGCUCAGGGGACGUGAAAAGUUCGAGUUCGUCAAAGAAGGCUAGUGCUAUUCUUGUGGAGUAUUGAACCAUGAAAGUGAGUCCGGACUAUUUUCAAUUAAGUCGCGAGCUCAAAUGCAGGCUUGAGACCAAGGACACCCAGGAUGAAGAUGAGGUUGGAAUCUACCUCAAGAAACUUUCCCUUUGGGAGCUGAAAAAUUGGGUGGUGGCCACCGAUGGUAAUGUGGAACAAGCCUUGGAAUUGCUCAAGGCGUCAACGAGAUGGAGACUGAAUGAAAAGAUUGACAACCUCUUGGAAUGGAUCCCUUCUCAGCAUUUAGUUCGCGACUAUCCCAUUGAAUUCGCCGGAGUCGAUCGAGAUGGAUCACCCCUGUGGGUUGUUCCAUUCGGCAAAUGCAAUGUUCGAAAAAUAUUGGAACAUACGUCCCCUGAGGAUUUCAUUCGUUACACUCUGAAGGUGAUCGAAAUGUCUCUUCAUUUGGUGAGACUUCAUUACAAACAAGAAGAACAACACUUAAGUGAUGGAACGUGCAAAGGCCACAACCAAAGAUUUACUCGGUCCUUCAAGUCGCCAGAUGUAGAAGGGAACCAACAUCACCCUGUUGCUCCCACGGACACCAAAGCUGAGAGUGGAACACAAGGCCGAGGGAGAGCGGUCCAGUGGAUUCAGACGGGGAACUCCGUGGAUCCACACGGUCUUGGUGGCGGUAGUAACCUUCAUUUGGUACAAGAGAGCGAUUCCGAGGACGAGGACGAGCACGGCGCUUCUCUGAGCUACACGAGCGGACAGGUCGUCAUUUUCGAUCUCGAGGGCCUCACUCUCAGUCAGGUGCGCGACAGACAAACACUCGAGGUCAUUACCAAGCUUGCCAGUUUAUACGAGGCCAACUACCCGGAAACUCUGAAGUGUGCCAUUGUUUUGAAUGCCAAUUGGUUGUUUCAAUUACUCUUCUCCGUGGUGAAGCGGUUCGUGGCCAAGAAAACCAUCCAAAAAGUAGUCGUUUUGGGCACGGAAACUCAUGAAUGGCGUCUUGAGCUGGCCAAACGACUGCCCAAACACAUCCUACCCGUGCGGUACGGAGGGAGUAAGCGGAAAACCAUGACAGUCGUUGAAAUGAGCAACUUGCUAGUGGAGAAACCCAAUGACACACAACUCAGGACCGGGAUGAGGAAGCAGAGCUCAGUGAACAAUCUUGUGUCACCAGCAUUUCAGACUCUGAACCCACCCAAUGAGAGACUGAACCUUUGCCGACAGAAAAUCCAUCCACAAUGCAACCUUAGCCUUAAGUUCAAUGUAGCCAAGGACAAAACUGAUUUGGAGUGGUGUCUUCGAACAGAGAAGGGCGACAUCCUGUUUGCCAUCUACCGAAGAGCCAUGGUGGAACAAAUCACUUUCAAGGACAGGGUCAGUGAGGUGAGUGUCACAACGCCCUUGGUGUCACAAGCCAAAGAUCCAUUAGGAGAUGACAUGGGAGCCCUGCCCAAAGAGACGGAUGUCGAUGCCAUCAAUCUGGCGGUGGACCACCAUCACCACCACCAUCCUGGUCAGGAAAAUGGGGACGUCAGUAGUGUGAUUACCGUGUUCGAAGAGGUCGAAGAAGAUGCCGGUCAGUCUGAGGACAUCUCCUCGGAAGUGGAAGUGAUUGAGCCGCCCAAGAAGAUUGUCAGUAACAAAUCAUUCACACGUGGCAGAAUCAAAUGUGACCGAGGGUACACCUACUCCGUGGUCAUGGAGAAUACGAGCACCUUGUUCCCUUCCAAGACCAUAGAUUAUCAGAUUCACCUGAUCAGACGGUCGUCAGAGAUCGAGGAAAUUGAUGCUCAUUCCAACUCGAGCAUUGAAGAGACCGAGUCCGAAAGGAAUGCCAAAAUUGAUGAUUUGCUGCAUUUCGUUCACGAAAUCACCAAUUCCGACAAUCAAGGCACCAAAACCACAGCAUUCCGCUCCAGUGCCAAUGAGACCAAGAAUGCAAAGCCAUCAUCUCAAAAAUGAUUUGAUGACGACGAGAGAAGUAUUUUUGUUCAAAGCGGUGAAUUACGAUUCGUUGAACAAAGUGGUCUUUUUCAAUGUAGAUGUUUUAUACCGACCAUUGAACCAUUCAUAAAUGUAAUCCAACUCGAAAGAUAUUUUUGUUGUCUUGA